GCACCCGGGCGGCCGCCGCCGCAUCAGCAUCAGCGGCCUCUCCCUGUCCCUCACCGCACGCAGCACCGCCGGCCGCCUUAAAGAAGACGCAGCGGCCUUGGCAAGGCGCGCCCGCCGUGCCGCCAGCUCGCCCUCUCUCCCGCUCCCCCACUCCACCCUCGCCGCCUCGGCCACGUCUCCCAGCGCACCCCUCUUCGCCGCAACCUCUCCGACACCCUCACGGCCACGCCCGCGCCCUCUGCGCCUCUCCGAGCACCACCUCCGCCUCACACUCUCCCGCCUCGCACUCUUUCCGCCUCGCCUCCCGCCUCCUUUCGCCCCGGACUCACUACAUCCCCUUCCCGGACCUGCCGCACUAGACGCUGCUCUGCCGCACCGCACCCUUGCACUCAGACUUGCUGCGCGCCUCGCCGCUCCCGGCGCCGACGCCAUGAGCUCCUACCGCUCGCCCGUGCUGCCGGCGUACGUGGACCAGUCCAACAUCACGUCGGUGGCCGAGUACUACACGAGCCACCCCGUGCCGCAGCGCCUGCAGCCGGCGAUCAUCGUCGCCUCCAUCGCCGUCGCCGCGCUGGGCUCGUACGCGACGCUGCUGCUGCUCGGGCGCCGCACGGCCAACAAGGGCGCGCGCAACGUCUUCCUGCUGCUCGCGGCGGCCGUGACGAUGUCGAGCGUCGGCAUCUGGGGCAUGCACUUCAUCGGCAUGCACAUGACGCUGCAGCCCAUCGCAGGCGUCAACUGGUACUUUGCCUACUCGCCCGCGUGGACGGUCUUCUCGCUGUUCGCACCCAUGCUCGCGCUCGCCGCCUCGUUCCUCUUCCUCGACGGCGCCGAGAGCAAGUCGGGCGCGCUGAGCUACACGCGCAUCGUCCUCUCCGGCGUCGCCGUCGGCGGCCUCGUGGGCCUGAUGCACUUCAGCGCCGCCCUCUCGGGCAACCUGCGCGUCUCGUACGCCAUCCCGCAGACGGUCGGCUCCGUCAUCCUCGCCAUGGUCGCCGCGACGGUGGCGCUGGCGUCGUUCUUUGCGCUGCGCCGCCAGUGGCAGGACAACUGGCUCAAGCGCCUUGCCUGCUCGCUCAUCCUCGCCACGGGCGUGUGCAGCAUGCACUACCUCGCCGUCAGCGGCACGAGCUACACGGUGCGGCCCGCCAGCCUGCUCAAUGUGCAGGCCCUCAUGGCGGGCAAUCGGCGCAACAACGUCGUGACGAUUGCGAUUGGCGUCAUGUGCGCCUGCAUCCUCGGCAUUUCGACGUUCCUCGCCGUCUCGGACGUCGUCAUGGCGCGCGAGGUGCGCCGCAACGCGCGCAAGGUCGUCGUCGCCUCGGUGGCGUUUGACAAGAGCGGCCGCCUGCUCGUCAAGGCCGACGGCAGUCUGCCGAUGGUCGUGCUCGAGACGAAGCUGCGCAUGACCGAGGUCAUGGACGCGCUCGACAAGCGCCAGACGACGUUCCAGUGGCUCUACACCAUCUCGUGGGACUGGAACAUCGUGGCGCCGUUCCUGCGCGCCAUCACGAGCAAGUUUCACCAGCGCGAGGGCACCAACUACGCCGCCGGCGCCGCCGAGCAGCCGCAGCUGCCCGGCGGCGCCAACAAGCGUGCCUUUGGCCGCCGCGUCAGCCUCGACCAGACGCACGACCGCCAGCGCGGGCCCGCGGCGCUGGCCGACUUCCGCGACAGCGUCAUCGACGCGGCCAUGCAGCUCUCCAUCGAGCUCGACAUUCCCUUUGAGCAGGUCGGCAUCCUCUACGACUCGGUCCUCUCCACGGGCACGCGCAAGGCUGCCGUCGCAGCGGCCGUGGCCGCCACGGGCCCCGUCGGCCCGUACACGCCGUCGCGCGAGCGUGCCGACGACGAGAGCUCCAUUGCGGCGCCGAGCAUCUUCGGCGAGGGAGCCGACGAGCAGGAGGGCGUGACGCUCUUCCUUGUGCGCGAGCUGCCCACCUCGACGACGUCGACGGCCGCCGAGAGUGCCGAGCGCUACCGGCAGCGCGGCUUCCGCGUGACGGAGACGCGCUUCCUCGCCAGCGUGCUGGCCGACCGCUUUGCCGUGGCCAAGCCCGAGAUGGAGGUGCUGCUCGACUCGCUCAAGGUGUACGCCAAGCGCGGCACGCGGCCCGUCGUGCAGCCCGGCGGCGUGUACGCGGGCCUCUUUGGCGUGCGCCCCUCGACGAGCAAGCAGGGCGGCCUCGACGUGCUCGUCUACCACUUUGCGCGCCACCAGAUUCCCGCGUACCGCCUGCCCGAGGUGCAGUGCAUCACGCCCGAGAUGAAGGACUUUCUGCACGAGCUCGACCAGCUCACGCUCGACGAGGCCGGGCGCAUCUGCGAGAUUGAGGCGACGCGCUCGAGCGAGCGCAAGAAGCAGCUGCGCCUCGAUGUGGCGUCGCAGCUCAGCCUCGACGAGCCGGAGCUGCACGACGAGGAGGCGGCGCUCGAGGCCAUGAUCCGCUUCCAGACGGCGCUCUUCAUCGCGCUCGACGCGCUGCACCAGUCGGUGCGCUUCUACCCCAAGAUUGCCUCGACGGCACGCCUCAGUGCCGAGGUGCUCGAGGUGCCGUCGAGCGUCGACGACUCGACGCAGCCGGCCGAGAUGAUUCUCGUGCAGGCCGUGCUGCCCGAGGAGAACCUGAUGCCGCCGGCCAACGGCUCGCUCACCACGCCCAUGCCCUCGGACACGCCCAGCGCCGGCUCGCCGUUUGUCUUUACGCCCUACACGCUCUUUGCGCGCAGCCAGAUGAUGCUGCUGCGCGGCCGCCAGGCCGACGACUUUGAGCACGAGGUCGUCGUCGAGCUGCGCCGCCGCUACCCGAGCUCGCUCAUGCAGGAGCAGGAGGAGAAGGCCGAGCUCGGCGUGCGCCGGACGGGCGCCGCCUACUCGGAGCACCGCACCUCGAGCUCCGUCGACCACGUCACCAAGGACCUGGCGGAGAAGGACCUGCUGCGCCACGACGACGACGAGUACACGCAGGACAAGCGCGCCGUGGCGCUGCCGGGCGCGUUCCGCCGCUGGACGUCCAAGCUCGUGGCACCCGCCGGCGCCCGUCGUGCCUCGCACGAGCCCAUCUCCGAUGUCGUUGUGCAGCAGCAGCAGCAGCAGCAGAACCAGCUCGGCCGCGUCACGAGCUCGCGCCGCGUCAGCGUCGUCUCGUCGCACUCGCGCCACGGCGCGGGCGCCAAGGGCAGUGCCGGCGGCAAGUCGGAGCACUUUGACAUGGUCGAGACGCGCUCGCCGCAGGGCAACACGGCCAACCUGCCCGUGCUCAACAGCGACGACCCGCGCUACCGCUCGCCCACGUCGCCCGGCACGGCCAGCACGACGUCUGACUAUCCGAGCCCGCUGCGCGUGCAGGCCACGCAGGGCGCCGUGAAUGCCUCGCUGGGCAUCCGCCGCUUCACGCAGGACGGCGCCUCGGCCGCCGCGCAUGCUCAGCAGGCGGCCAACCAGAGCCGCUUUGCGCGCUCCGCCGACGACCAGCCCAUCGCCGAGGAGGCCAGCGAGGCGCUGCGCGACGACAGCAGCGACGUCGGCGAGGCGGCGCCGUCGUCGGGCCUGGCCGGUGCCUUUGACUACCAGCCGCGCCGUCCGUCGGGCAAGAGCCUCGUGGGCGCCGCCGCGGCGCCCGGCCGCCGGCCCAGCAGCGCCACGAGCGAGCAGAGCAGCGAGCCGGCGACGCCGACGAUCGUCUCGGCCAGCACGACUGCCGUCUCUGCCACUGCCGCGCCGGGAGCUGCGUACCUGGCGCCCAAGACGCCGACGCCGCGCCGCUCCAGCGCCGCUCACCCGCUGCGUGGCGCCGCGGCGUCUGCGCGCCCGUCGACGGCGCCCGCCGGCGCGCGCCGUGCCGCCUCGUUCCGCCCGCACACGGCCGACUCGCACACGAGCCCCGUGCUCUCGCAGCGCCACGCCAUGGCGUCGAUGGAGCCCGCCAGCAUCAAUGCGCGCCUGCGCGCCGACGGCUGGACGACGCGCCAGCUGCGUGCCCUGGAGCGCGGGCCCAACGCGCCGCCGCUCCUCGGCGUCGACUACUAGACCCCCCCAUCCUCCGCAUCGCUCCGUCAUGCCCCUCACGCUCCUUUACGCCGCCCGCGCCUCCUGCUCUCUGGACACCACCUUCCUCGUCGGCCCCACUCGCGCUCCUUCAUGUCUCGACUCGCCGCCGCCGCCGUCUGCCGCGUGCGCGCGCGUGCCUUCACGCCACUUCCUCCAGCAUCGUCUUCUUCAUACGUCACCUGUGCGAGUCCUCGCCCUCUCCCGUCACAGCACGCGCACCAGCCCGGAGCACCUCCUUUCCCGCAUCAUGUCUCGUGUGUACCCCACUCAUCCUCGCCGCUGUAUCCAAUGCGCUGCAGACUUGGCCCAAAUCCCAAUUGCAUUGGCAUCCAUCGCGCGCACAG